AUGCCGGCGCCUCCCAAGCCUUGGGAACGGUCAGGUGGCACAGAAACUUCUUCAACAGUCCCUGCUUCCUCUUCCAUAGUGGCAGAUUCCACGGCGCCCGCUGUUCCGGACCGGCCAGCGGCUCUCGCCGCCGCCGGUCCUGAUGCCGCAGGUAUGAAUGCUAUGAACCCUUAUCGCUCUACUAUGGGCGGAUAUAGUAGCUAUGGGUCUACGUAUGGGUCACCUUAUUCGCGUAUGGGUGGCUACGGAGGCUACGGUGGCUAUGGUGGUAUGGGCUACGGUGGCUACGGUGGUAUGGGCUAUGGUGGCAUGGGUUAUGGCGGCAUGGGCUACGGUGGCUAUGGCGGCAUGGGCUAUGGCGGCUUUGGUGGUAUGGGCUAUGGCCAGCCGGGUGAGUUUUCCCUUACGCAACGAAUGGAAAGUGGGACCCAGGCCACCUUUGAGUUGAUUUCCUCCAUUGUGGCGGCGUUUGGUGGCUUUGCGCAAAUGCUUGAAUCCACGUUCAUGGCGACACACUCUAGUUUCUUUGCCAUGGUCGGAGUUGCGGAUCAAUUUGCGCACUUGCGCAACUACUUGGGUGAAGUCCUGAGUAUUUUUGCACUGGCUCGCCAACUCAAGAAUUUGUACCUUCGCAUGACUGGUCGUAACCCUGUGACAGGCAUUGAUGCGAAGGAGUUUGGUGAAUUCCGUCGUAUCGGUGCGCCUGGCUCUAAGCCCCGUCCGAAGAAGCGUCCUAUUCUGAUUUUCUUCCUUGCGGUUAUUGGCCUGCCAUACCUCAUGGGCAAGCUGGUACGUUUGAUCACAGCUCGGCAAGACGAAGAACGUGCGCGCCUUGCUAAACAAGCCGCAGAGGCGGGUACGGAUCUUCAGAUGUUACAAGAUGCGCAAGGUUCGGCCAUUAUUGAUCCUAGCAAACUAACGUUUGUACGUGCUCGGUUUGCCUACAAUGCUGCCGACAGCCUUGAGCUCAGCCUGAAGCAAAACGAAAUUGUGGCCGUGCUUAGCAAGACCAACCCUCAAACAGGAGAAGAAAGUCAAUGGUGGCGUGGCCGUACACGAGAUGGUCGGAUUGGUUGGUUCCCUAGCACAUAUGUGGAAACGUUGGAACAAGCGCGCGAUCGCGCUACGAAAGCCACAAACCAACCACAGGCUAUCGAAGCCGCGCCCACUGGUCAUGCUGCCUCAACAACGAAUACAGCGGCCAAGCCCAUUGCAUCGAAAAGCACGAUACCGUCAUAG